CCACAAUCUCACCCAGCCAGGUGACAGUUGACGAACGACACUACCACCUUCAAGAUAACUCAGCAUCAUACCACAGCUAGACUCGCAGCAACAAUCCAAAAGGAAUUAUUUUUGUCCGUAAUCAGCAAAAAAGUGCAAUUGAGACUUAAUUUCCCGCUUCCGCGUAGCUUCCUAGCGGCGCGAGGACAUCGAUGACACGAGCUUGUGACGUUGACAAGCACACACAAGAAGACAACAGAAGUGCGACGUCGACGGAAUAUUUACUCUCCUUUUUCUGGGUACCCGGUAACGAACGGACAGUCUCGGUCAACAUGUCGGAGUCCACCGGGGAGGCAAAGCAGGCGAGCAAAGAGGUGAAAGAAAGCGAAAAUGUCGCGGAGAAAUACUCCGCCUUGACGGUGAGCAAGAACACUGAAAUGAACAUGGAAGAGCUGUCGUCUGCCUUCAGCGCGGUGCCCACUCACAAGCCCGUUAAAAAGCAAAUCCAGUUUGUGGAGGACAAGCAGGAGUUCAGCAGGUUUCCCACCAAAGCAGGCCGCCGUUCGCUGUCCCGCUCCAUCUCUCAGUCGUCUACAGACAGCUACAGCUCCGCCGCAUCCUACACCGAUAGCUCAGACGACGAGACCUCCCCGCGGGACAAAACACAGGUCAACUCCAAGGGCAGCGGUGACUUCUGUGUCAAGAACAUUAGGCAAGCAGAGUUUGGCAGACGUGAGAUUGAGAUAGCGGAACAAGACAUGUCAGCACUGCUCGCUCUCAGGAAGAGAGCACAGAGUGAGAAACCGUUGGCAGGUGCCAAAAUAGUGGGCUGCACACACAUCACUGCACAGACUGCUGUGCUGAUUGAGACUCUGGUGGCUCUCGGUGCACAGUGCCGCUGGACUGCUUGCAACAUCUACUCCACGCAGAAUGAAGUAGCUGCUGCCCUGUCAGAGAUCGGCGUGGCUGUGUUUGCCUGGAAGGGCGAGUCUGAGGACGACUUCUGGUGGUGUAUUGACCGCUGUGUCAACAAUGAAGAAUGGCAGCCUAACAUGAUCCUGGAUGACGGAGGUGACCUGACGCACUGGAUGUACAAGAAAUACCCAAAUGUAUUCAAGAAGAUCCGAGGCAUCGUAGAAGAGAGCGUCACUGGGGUUCACAGGUUGUACCAGCUCUCCAAGGCAGGGAAACUGUGUGUGCCAGCCAUGAAUGUAAACGAUUCUGUCACAAAGCAAAAGUUUGAUAACCUUUACUGCUGCAGAGAGUCCAUCUUGGACGGCUUGAAGAGAACCACAGAUGUCAUGUUUGGAGGCAAACAGGUGGUUGUGUGCGGCUAUGGUGAGGUUGGGAAAGGUUGUUGUGCCGCAUUGAAAGCUCUUGGAGCCAUCGUCUACAUUACUGAGAUUGACCCCAUUUGUGCCCUACAAGCUUGCAUGGAUGGCUUCAGGGUGGUCAAGUUGAACGAGGUCAUUCGCCAGGUUGACAUCAUCAUAACGUGCACUGGAAACAAGAAUGUGGUGACCAGAGACCAGCUGGACCGCAUGAAAAACGGCUCCAUUGUGUGCAACAUGGGCCACUCCAACACGGAGAUUGAUGUGGCAAGCCUUCGCACGCCCGAGCUGACUUGGGAGAGAGUGCGCUCUCAAGUGGAUCAUGUCAUUUGGCCUGAUGGCAAGAGAGUCAUCCUGCUGGCGGAGGGACGUCUCCUUAACCUCAGCUGCUCCACUGUUCCUACCUUUGUCUUGUCCAUCACAGCCACCACUCAGGCCCUGGCUAUGAUUGAGUUGUACAACGCUCCAGAGGGACGAUACAAGCAGGAUGUUUACCUACUGCCCAAGAAGAUGGAUGAAUACGUGGCCAGCCUACAUCUGGCAACCUUUGAUGCUCACCUGACGGAGCUCUCAGAUGAGCAGGCGAAAUAUUUGGGCCUUAAUAAGAACGGUCCUUUUAAACCCAACUACUACAGGUAUUAGUCUGCAAUAAGCCACACCAACGUGUUGAGGGUCGCCAGGCGCAUUGCCUACUUCCUGAUGUUCACAUGAAGACGCAGUGUGUGUUCUUAUUUGUCACAUCAAAUGCAUUUCUCACUGUCUCUUGUCCUUGUUAGAGCCACAUUAGUGCACUAUGCUGUGUAUUGCAUGCAUAUCAACCCGGUAUUGGCGCAUUUGCAUCAAUAAUAUUUAACAUUUUUAGAAUGAUGUGCCAAAAAACUGUAAGAGAAGAUGAAUAAGGAAGUGAUUUAAAAAAUUGUGUAUAUUUUAUGUGUGGAAAAAAGUCUAGUAAUCAUACUUGCCAACCCUCCCGGAUUUUCCGGGAGACUCCCGAAAUUCAGCGCCUCUCCCUAAAACCUCCCGGGACAAAUUUUCUCCCGAAAAUCUCCCGAAAUUCAGGCGGAGCUGGAGGCCACGCCCCCUCCAGCUCCAUGCAGACCUGAGUCCGCUUUCCCACGAUAAAAACAGUGUCCCUGCCCAAUCACAUUAUAACUGUAGAAUGAUCGAGGACGAGUUCUUGGUUUCUUAUGUGGGUUUAUUGUUAGGCAGUUUCAUUAACGUCCUCCCAGCGCGGUAACAACACACAACAGCAGCGGUCACGUUUUUUGUCUACCGUAAAGCAGUUCGUCUGCCGUAAACAGCAAUGUUGUGACACUCUUAAACAGGACAAUACUGCCAUCUAUAACAUCAAUAACAUAUACGGCUUUUAGAGAGUGCAGUGCACAACUGCGCACACAACAAGGAGACGAAGCAGAAGAACGAGGAAGAUACAGCCAUGGCGACGCCGACGACGAGUAAGAUGAAGAAAUACGCUUUGUUGCACCUUUCCUGCCUGAGUCCGGCGAUUAGUUGCAAAUCUUGCUUUAUUGAUUGCUUGCACACAGCCAAUCCAACACAAAACAAACAAGUCCCGCCCGCACUGACGCUACCGCUCCCUCUCUUCUCUCGCCCACACACUCACUGACGUCACUCACCUCACAUACUCACCUAUUAAAGGGCCACACACACACAUACGCUACUCUCAUAACAGCUUGUAAGUUCCAAGCCGCAGCUGCGAUUGGACCUAGAUAGCCUCCGGGAAGAAGUAGUGGACUACCAAGUGCUUGGCACUGAAGAUCUUCCUCAGGAAGCAAAGAUUGACCGGUUUUGGGCCAUGCUAGGGAGAGAUGGAAGAUUCCAGUCUCUAAUGCAUUUGAUGAAAGCACUUUUGUGCGUGCCACACAUCAAUGCAUCAUCAGAGAGGGUGUUCAGCAUGGUUAGAAAAAUAGUGACAGAGAAUAGAACAAGGAUGGACAAUUCAACCCUUAACUCAACAAUGAGUAGAUGAGUGUUAUGUGCGUGUAUAUGUGUAAAUAAAUGAACACUGAAAUUCAAGUAUUUCUUAUAUAUAUAUAGCUAGAAUUCACUGAAAGUCAAGUAUUUCUUAUAUAUAUAUAUAUAUAUAUAUAUAUAUGAAAUACUUGACUUGGUGAAUUCUACCUGUAAAUAUACUCCUCCCCUCUUAACCACGCCCCCGACCACGCCCACCCCACCCCCCACCUCCCGAAAUCGGAGGUCUCAAGGUUGGCAAGUAUGCUAGUAAUACUUCUCUUGGUUGUGAAGUCAACUCUCGAGAAGUGACUGAUGCCUUUUAAUUUGUUGUUGAGCUCUAAAGCGAUUGGUUUAUUAAGACAUUUUAAAGCAAUGCACUGGCAUUUUGAAGUACUUUAUUACAUGAUUUAAAUCUAUAUAUUUUAUUUGCUGGCCCUGUAAACUGAAUACAUUCCAAUGACGAGCUAUAGAGAGCUCUUUAGUGUUGCACUUGUCUCUGCUAACACUGCAUAUAGGUGUAGAGCUACAAUAAUAUUAGGAAAAUAAUUAGUUUGUUUCUGGAAAAAUAGGGAUAAUAAUAACAUAUCCACCUCAGGGUAUUUACACUUUAGCAUUGAUGUAAUUCUCGUGAUGUGAACAAAAAGAUCAAACAGUAAGGCCAUACUGUGGCAGCUAGACAGUAGAUUUUUAUUUAGUGUAUAUCAGGUGCUGUAGUCACAUACCUGCAUGCUGCCUCGGCAAAUACAGUGUUUGUACUGUAUACACCGCCACUAAGAAGUUUAACUUGGAGUGGCUUUUCUGUCAAUGGUAGUUGGGUUAGCAGCACAUCUGACUUAUGCAGGCUUUUUAUUAAUACAAAUAAUAUGAAUUAUGCUACAUUUACUUGUGUUUUCAAUGAAUGAUUCAUUUACAGCAGGGGUGUCAAAAGAGCGGAACAGCAGCAAUUUUCAGGUUGUAGCUCCUUUUUUUAGUGACCUUGGACAUAAUGUCAGAAAUACUGUUAGGUAUUUAAAAUAAUUUGCUCUGUCACCUGUAACACAAAGCUAAGAUGGGAAUGUUUUAUUCAGAUCGCUAACAGUGUUUCCCAGACUUUCAUUACUUGUUCUCCUCUCCUAAACACAUUAUAAUGGGACUGUCUAUACAUGCAGCUUGUCAUUACAAUUCUGUACAGCAGGUGGUGGUAUGCAUCGUCACUGAGCUUCUUAACACAAGUCAUACACACCUGGUCUGCCAGAGAAUAAGCAAAUAUAGCAGGAGGGAUCAGUGUUGCCAACUGAACAACUUUGACACUAUGUUUAGUGAGUAUUCAUCAGACCCCCUUUUUAAAUGUAAUUUGUGUUUCUAAGCAUACUUGUUUUGCUUUUCAUGUUUUUUGCUCACUCUCCUACAGCAUCCGUAUUUAUGCAAAUUAGAUUAUGUUGUCUUCGGAUUUUUUGCAGCCCACACGUGUUUUUCUAUUAGCCUGUGGCACAUUCAAAACAUAGAAUGAACACCAAAGCAAUUAGAAUAAUGAUAUUUAACGGUGUAGCACUUCUUCUUCAUCCUUUAUUUUCCCUUGAUAGAAAAGUUUGGACGCCCCUGAUUGAAGUGAUUGUACUAGCUUGCUUCAUCUAAAUCAAAACUCACGUCGUUACUAGCCCGCCUUAGAAAUGUGGCGUAUUCCUGCACCUUCCUUGCAACUUCAUGAACACUAGAGCCAAAGGUAUUGUUACAACAUUACGGCGCCAUUGUCACUGUAACCAUGGUUACUGGCCAGUUGACAGUGCCUUGUGAUUCACUUAGUACAAUUUAAAUGAACAAGUGUUUUUUUAAUAUAUAUUUUUGACGCUGAACAUUGUUGUGAUUCUGCUAUGCAUUUUUCUUCUGUCCAAAGUAUUUUAAACAUGUUUGGAGAUCGGUAUUUUAGUGUCUGAAGUCUACUUUUAUUAUCUAGUCUUUUUCCCCCCUUCCACGUCAUUAUAAAGAGCACUUAAUACAUCUUCUCUAAUCUAUUUGUUUUGUGUCGACUGACAACUCUUUUAAUCAUGUAUUAUUUUAAUUGAUAGGACAUAUGCAUGUGUGUUUUGUCAAAUUGGAUAAAAUAUGCGCACCACUGUGAUUUUUACAAUUGUACGACUGCUGGUUUGAAGUUUUUGACGUGAAAACAAACUCCUGUAUUACGCUUUGAACACUCAAACUGUUGUUUAGUUCUAAAACACAAUUGCAACACGAUAUGUUCUGAAAGAUUAUGUGCACCCUUCCCUUUAAUAAAAGUCUGGCAACUUAGUAAA